AUGAGCAAGCCUUGUUCGCAGCUAAACAGCAAAGUUAUAAGGGAUAAAGUGGAGUGUCACAUAGUAGCAGCAAUUGAGAAAACGUGUUCUGUUGUAGCAUUUAAGAGCGAAUGCACAGAAAAAUCGAGCAAACCGUGGCCACAGCUCAAAACCUAACCUACCCUCAUUUUAAGUCUCUAAUAAGGUUUUAAUGAGUUUAUAACACUGCUGAGGUUUAAAUUUCAAAAUGCAGCCGAGUUUGGGAAUUAUUUGAAAUUUUCGAUUUCAACGGUCCGCGGGCCUAAAAUUAGCCGCCGAAAACGGCAAUAUAGCCUAGCGACAGAAAUGAGCUGACUUUCAUAAACGAGCGAAUAUAUUGGCAAUCUUCCGCUUAAAUCUCAAAAAACAGAUAUUAACAAUUUCUAAACAGUACAUUUUUUUAGAUUUAGAGCAUAAAAUAUCGACGAACGAGCACAAUUUUGAACGUAAUUUGCAUAAUGCUUAUAAAUACAACAAUUUACCGCUAAAACCAAAAUCGAAUUUUCUAUAUGGGGGAAUUCUCCAAAUCACCCCUAAUCCCGCUUACUACCUAAUGAGAUAUAGUACUUCAACAUUAUCUGAAAGUUAGUCUGGUGUUCUCGCGAACGCUUGUAAAAUAGAUUGAUUAUUUUGAGGUUAUUUUGCCCCAAACAACCGCUAAUUGAUCCCAGGGUCAGUUGACACGUGCACGUCACCUUAGUUUUAUGCAUCGAUUUGAGCUCGUUAAAAGGGCGAAACUAACAAGAUUUUUUUAAUAUGUACCUGUUUUAAUGAAAUACACGCAAUCUUCAAAAGGAGAGGCAGUUCAGUGGGUAAUGUCUGUUCUUGAGAUUUUGUAGAUUGUACCAUGGCGUCUGCGAGUGGACGUGAGUCUAGGUCUGUUUUCCCGUGACUGCGAAAUCAGAAUAACAUCAUGAAAUAAUUCUCGCUCGAACCUUCGUAAAUGAAUCCGCUUUGCAGUGCCUUACCUGAGAUAAAAAGUGGGCCGAAUAGGAAAACAUUCUAGCGCAAUUUGGAUCCUUUGCAGCACGUAGUGUAUUUGCUAAGCGGCGAUGGUAUCAGUGACUUUUAAUUAGUUACUCACCUCCGAUUGCGUGACCAGGCAAUUAUCGAUUGUCUCCUGCGAAAAAUAAGUGCACGGGAAACCAAAGCUUUCGGGAUACAGUAAAUUCAUUUUCCUGUAUGACCAGGUGUCCUUUUGUCCUAUUUUAAAAGCGGUUAACUAAGAUGAUUAGCAAACAUACUGUCCCACUUUUAAAAAUGGUACAGUAACUGAAUGUUCUGUUCUUCUGAUUUUACCCCCAACCCCGGAGUGUUAAGAAGAUAUAUUUGCACUACGCAUGAAAGGCAAAUGGAUUAAAUUUUAAGGUUCAAGGUGGUUUUAAGGCAUGGGUUACCAGUGGAUUAGUCAGACUUCUCAUAAGGUGCAUUGAACGGAAAAUUACAGGCAUGAUAUCUCUGCUAUUGUAUAUAUGUCCAUUAAGUGAUUUUCCAGCAAACAUUUUUUGACUUUUUUACCCCAAAAGUUUUUUCCGUUCAAUUCUUAUCUAUGAGAUCUAAACUUAGUUAAAUUUCUGUAAUUUGUUGUUAAAUGCAAUUCUGCAAACAACUAAGUAUUUAAUUUUGCGUAAAAGCUACCUGAAAUUGUACUGUUUAGCCGUAAAUCAUAAAAAAGAGAAAGCACCAUGCUUUCUCUUUUCAAGUCUAGUAGGACUUAAGCAAUGGCAUUGCUUAAGUCCUAGUAGUUGUUCUCCAUGUCUGCUAAGGAGGAAAUAGUUUGCUCUUUUCAAGAAAUUGUUCUUGCCCAUUGCGGUUUCAAACCAAGGAUAGCAGCAAGUCUGUCGUGGUCAUAUACUGCUACUUCAGUGCAAACGAAUCAUAGUCGCACAAGUCAGCGCUUGCGUUUCGUCAGGUGCCGAAAAUGAAGUGGAGGGCGUCCAUGUUCGCUCCGGCUCGAAAAAGUAGAAUCAGUUGUGCAGUAAAAAGUAAUGCCAAAAACCUGCGUGGGCUGGGGAACGAAAGGCGUCUUAUUUUUCUUUGGCUUGUUCUAUUUUCGCGACUUGGUACAGGCUACGAAAUACUGACAAGCUCAGUAUAUGUCUUCACCACCGAGAGUCACUUGUCCUUAGCCGGACACGCCCCUCACGUAUCAUGUUCGUUCCUAAAGUUAUUUCAAAGCACAGAACCAAACCUAAUCAGCGGCCGGAGGCAGAAAAGGGGAUGAGCAAAAGGAUGUCACAGCAUAUUUUGCAAGAAACUGGUAUCCUUGUGCCUAUCGGCUCAGGAACGAUUAAUUACUACUAGAAUUAAUAUCAGGGUCAGAAUUUGAGUGCUGCAAUGGGAGGAAAGGAAUUAAAGGAAACCGCCGCGCACACCUGUUAAGUCUUUUAUAAAUUUUCUCGUCCUGACAGUUUCAAGGCAUAGAGUGUUUUCACAUGACGUCACGGCGGCCAUAUUGGUGUCCCAAAACAAUGAAACGGCGGCCAUGUUGGUGUCCCAAACCAAUCCUGUAGGAGUUGAACUCCUUUCUUAUGCAAACGCUUUCUUUUGUUCCAAUAAAUUUGCAUAGAUGCUGGCCACGUGAGUGAAAACACUCUAUUUAAUUUACAGUGUCUGUUGCAGGUGUCGAAUUAAUCUUACAGCAACUGGAAACGUGGCCACGCCUGCUGAAACUGAGAUUGCUUGUAGGAUGAACGGCUAUAGUUUGGUAUAUUCACGAGCGCGUUUUGCCCAGUGAACUGAGUGCGUAGUUUUUCUUAACGAAGGGAUGGGGUGGGUCAAGUGAAUAGUUCGGGGAACGUUUGCUCUCUUUAGUGGGGGGGGGGGGGUAUAUUUGUUGAUAUCAGGAGUUCUGGCCUGGAUAGAGUCGUUGUAAAGCUAUUUUUGCUUCGGAGUAUCGGUUUACCGGAAGCUGAGCAAGGAAAAGUCAAAUGGUGCAUUUAUGGAAUAAUAAUAGAGAUUCUCAUGGUCUAACAGUGCGAAGAUUAGACUUCUGCUAAGGUGGCAACGAUCAAGGCCCGCAUUGUAAUUCAUAAUGAUUGAAGGUCAUGAUGUAAAAAAAGCGACUGAAAUGGUGGAUGCCAUGCAAUCCUCUCGGGUGGGGGCGGCGUACCUGGCCUUAAAGGUUGCCCCUGCGACAGAAGGCAAGCAUGCCCAGAUUGUCCACAGGUUGCUAAAUGAGACCGUCCCUUUCUUAGUACCCGUUCCCUGUCUUAAAAUUAGACCCGGGCAAAUUUCUCGAGAUUGCACCAUCAUUUUGGGCUUAAAGCUUCCAAAGUCCAACAAUAAUAGCGCAUGUUCGCGACGGUUUUUUAAGUCAGUCAAGUUCUUAAACCAGGCCUUAAACGGCCAGUUUUAAGUGUCGAUAACAGUUAAAAAGGCAUACAAGCCUCAUGCAAAAGACAGUGGGAAGGAAGUGCCCCUCGGUGAUGUGGAAAAAGGAGUAGCCCACAGUUAUUUAGGGGUGGAUCUUUCGAAACAUUCUUAUACUCUUGGACAGAUAUGCAUUGUUUAAAGUUAUAGACAAACCAGGUGUAAAUUUAUAGUAACAAACUGUUAAAUAUACAUCAGCAAGAUUUUUGCGAAUCCGAUUUUUCGCUGGAGACUAUCGUUUACUGGCUGGUCACGCAAUCAAAGGUAACGUACUUUCCUACGUUUGUUUACUCACCUUUCGCUCAGCAAUACACUGCGUUCCACAAAGGAUCCAAAUUGCGCUAGAAUUGUUUUGCUAUUCGGCCCACUUUUUAUCUCAGGUAAGGCACGGCAAAGCUGAUUCACUUACGAAGAUUCGAGGGAGAAUUAUUUCUUGAUGUUAUUCUGAUUUCGCAGUCACGGGAAAACAGACCUAGACUCACGUCCACUCGCAGACGCUAUGGUACAAUCUACAAGAUCUCAAGAACAGAAAUUACCUAUUGAACGGCCUCUCCUUUUGAAGAUUGCGUGUAUUUCAUUAAAACAGGUACAUAUUAAAAGAAUCUUGUUAGUUUCGCCCUUUUAACGAGCUCAAAUCGAUGCAUAGAACUAAGGUGACGUGCACGUGUCAACCGACCCUGGGGUCAAUUAGCGGUUGUUUGGGGCAAAAUAACCUCAAAAUAAUCAAUCUAUUUUACAAAUGUUCGCGAGAACACCAGACUAACUUUCAGAUAAUGUUGAAGUACUAUAUCUCAUUAGGUAGUAAGCGGGAUUUGGGUUGAUUUGGAGAAUUCCCCCAUGUAGAAAAUUCGAUUUUGGUUUUAGCGGUAAAUUGUUGUAUUUAUAAGCAUUAUGCAAAUUACGUUUCAAAAUUGUGCUCGUUCGUCGAUAUUUUAUGCUCUAAAUCUGAAAAAAUGUGCUGUUUAGAAAUUGUUAAUACCUGUUUUUUGAGAUUUAAGCGGAAGAUUGCCAAUAUAUUCGCUCGUUUAUGAAAGUCAGCUCAUUUCUGUCGCUAGGCUAUAUUGCCGUGUUCGGCGGCUAAUUUUAGGCCCGCAGACCGUUGAAAUCGAAAAUCUUAAAUAAUUCCCAAACUCCGCCGCAUUUUGAAAUUUAAACCUCAGCAGUGUUAUAAACUCAUUAAAACCUUAUUACAGACUGAAAAUGAGGGUAAGUUAGGUUUUUAGCUGUGGCCACGAUUUGCCGAUUUUGCUCGAUUUUUCUGUGCAUUCGCUCUUAAGUGUGUUUGGAGAGUAAGCGAUGAAGAAAUUCAACAAGCCUGGAAUUGGAUCUGCGAAAAGCGAGAUGAAUGUGAUUUGGAAUUGUCGAAACUGAGCGAGGUUUGCUUUUUCUUUUCGGCAAUAAGCACCUCAAAGCUUGACAGCAAAAAGAAAAAAUCAACAACAUCAGAUGAAGGACGAGAAAACGACGAGUCAAACGAAGAAUCUGCCAUAAACCCCUCGCAAAUUUCAACGCCUGGAAAGCAAGUUUUCCCAGCAAUUUCGUAUUGGGUGGCUUGCCAAACUCAAAAUGGUUCAGCUGUUAAUCGCAUGAAAAUUCAACGUGCUCUUGGGAAAUGCGGGCUCGAGUUCUAUCUUUCCAGGGCAUCAAGGAAAAAAAAUUCUCACGACUUAAACCAACUCUGCCAAGUUUUAAAAGAUCACAAGAAUCCUUGCCUGAUGAAUUUUGUGGAGGCUUCUUAUCAGCAUUGUCUCAGGUUAGUAUACUCUAUGCAAAACUGUUAUAGUAAAGGCUAUAGUUAACCAAAGAAAUCAACACCUAGGAGUCCACCCUUAUUGUUGCCAUCUUCUCGUAGUCAAGCAAUGUCUCUAAUUAACUGUCUUGACUCAAAUAAGUAACAAUAUGCAAGGAUGCAAGUGGCUAAUUAAGUGCGAUUUAGACCAUCUGGGAAUUUUAACACGAAAAAGAGCGUUAAUUCAAACUUUGAUGCGCUAGUCAAAAAUUUAUUCUGAGAUAGUAAACUUGUCUGUUUUUUAUUCUUUAUUGACAGCGCCCUUCAAGACGAAAUAGAUAUUUGUGAUGACGAACAGUCUCAAGAAAUGUUGUCGACAGAAAAUGUGGUUCGUGUGCGAGUGCUUAGGGAAGAAUUCAAACCGAUGAUGACUACAUCUAUCCGAGAAUUGCGCCGCGCUGGUUUGAAAAUCGAUUGUUUUGGUCUCCAUGAAAACGAAAGCAGCACCCCGGGCGUAGAAAUACCGUGUACACCACAUAAGCCAUUGUCUUGCCCACUAACAGUUCUUUGUAACGACAUCCAUGCCGCUAUGAAAAAGCUUCAGUUUAGUGUCUACCGGGAGAUGUGUACAAGAAAGUUGCAGAAUCACAAUUUACUUUCAAGUUUCUUUUUUUGCUCCAUGAAGUCAUUUCUGUUAAAUCUUAUGGGGAACGAGUGCUUCAAAGACAGGCUUGUCCAACAUUUUCAACGAGUUCUACCACUUCUGAGUGAGCCAGAAAGUUCCCUGAUUGGCCAACUUAAAAUAGAUCGAAACUUGGUUGAAGUGCAGAAUGGCUGGUUUUGGUCUUUCUCUGAAGGAGCUUUUGUACAAGGAGUGAUCCCAGAAUCAGAGGUGAGAGCAUACGUUUUCAUCAGUAAAGGUUGUUUUAAUUCCGUUAUCACAAUUUUCUUGGCUACAAUUUAUCUGCUGGCUAAAAUGACAAGGUAUCUGUUCAAUAGAAAAGUCGUUUGUCUAUUACUAUACAACAUAUUUAACCUUGGAAUAUGUCAAAUCAAGUGCUAUUCAGUUUCGAGUUACCUAAUCUAGGACUACUCCUAGUUUGUUGGCGGGUAAAGGUUUCUACUUCUUCUUUUACCUAUUUAUUACAUGUCUGUAUGUUUUAACAGUUUUUUUUUCUCUUUUCUACAGCGAGGUAUCACAUCACCAAGAGCGUAUGUCCACUAUGACAACCUCCAAGAGCCCGAUCCUAAAUACUUCGAGCAAAUUCUAACCAAUAGCCUACCCGAAGGGCAAAUACAACAGUUUUGCGCUGAUUUUCUCGCGCUAUUCAGAGAUAAAGAACAUAAGCGACCUGUGCCAUGUGCCAUCGGAGCUUCUGACAGCGGCAAAACGAGCCUGUUCAGCCCAGUGUUUCAAAUUGUGCCGUUAAGCCGAAUCGCUCGCUUGACCAAACAGAAGAGCUUUAACAAGUCGAUGAUUGACAGCUCCACGGAAGUUAUCUUUCUCGACGAGGCAUACAACAACCUGCUCGACAUAGAUGACUGGAAGAUAAUUUGUCAAGGCGGUUUUACAUCCCACGAUGUGAAAUGGAAGAAGGCCCAGGGGUUCCACUGCCGUGCAAGUAUGUACAUUACAUGUCAACAGGAGAUGGACUUUGGCGAGGCCCACAAUGACGCGAUGAACCGAAGACUUCACAAGUACUUCUUCAGAAGCUUGCCGCAAGUUAACCCGGAGGCCAACCAGUGGCUGCGAGAACAUGCAAUGGACUGCAUCGUAUGGGCCCAAAAGAUGGUUGCUACAAACUCCACUACCGCACAGACUGGAAGGACUUUAGGAGAGCGUGAGGACGGUUUAGAAAGUGAAGACAUUCAGAGAAUUUUGUCCGUUUCCCUACUGGACGAGCACGCCCCCGAGUGCAACACGGAAGGCGGUGAAAUCUCACUCACGGAUGAAGAGGAGAGUGAAGCCGAAAGCGACAGCUCCGAUGAAAAUGAAGAUGACAACCACAUAGACAAGCUUCGCCAUGAGCUCGAAAAGGCGGUGCCGGGUGGGUUUCGGCACAGACAGCUGAGCAUGCUCCUGCGAAACGCUCAAACACAGCACAAAGCCAUCCAAGAUCGUCAAAUCGCCGGACGUCGACGAUAUCUAGUAAAUUUGGGAGUGACCAGCAAAUCGCAGGCAGAUCGACUGAUUACGCAUCCCGACGAGCCACUACCAACCGACCUCGCUCGCAGAGAACAACAGGCCUUGAAUGAUAGGGCAGAACGUCUCGAAAAGCAAAGGGAAAGAGAUGAGCAAGAGAAAGUAAAAAAAGCAUUCUCUAAUCCGUGGCUGUUAGAAAUAGAAAAAGAGAUGGCCGAGAACAAUAUGCGUUUAGAGAGAGGCACAGACCCCGACAUGAGUGCAACGCUGACGAGUCUUUUAGAGAUUGAUUGUGAGAAACUCCGCGCAUUUCACGAAAAACAAGGUACCAUUCGCCUGCAGAUGGCCGUGGAAAAAAGGAAAGAAAUCUGUGUGAAACGUGGAUUAGUGGAUCCUAGGUACGCGAGUUCCAUUAGAGAUGUGUACUCACCUUUACCGGUUAUCGUCGAAGGUAGCAACCAAAACAUGUCCAGACCAACGGCUUCAAACGACCAUGGUAAUACGCGAAAGACACCAUCUUACGACCCGCCUGAGGACACGCACCAGACGAUGUUUACUCCACCUACGAGCCAGGAGGCCGUCGAAUGGGAGAGCGAGGACAUGUUCAUUACACCGAAGACACCUUGUUACGAGCCCUCAUUUGAUGAAAGCAUUUGCACAGGCUCUUCACCAUUACUGAGGCGAGUACCCUCACCUGACAACAGACCUUCGAAGCGAGCAAGACUCUCGAGAAGCCAAACAACCGAGGGACAGAAGCGGGUGACUACCUUUUUUCAGUUCGCAGAAACGUGUAAAAAGUAG